AUUGCCUUUUUUAACGAAUUCGCAGCUUCUGGCACAACCUUGGUGAACGGGGUGACUGUGAUACUGAACAUCUGGGCGACGCACCGCAACCCCACCUUCUGGGGGGCUGACGCGGAGCAGUUCCGCCCGGAGCGCUUCCUGGAGGGGCCGCUCAAGCACCCGUCGCAGUUCCAGCCCUUCUCUCUGCCCAUGAGGAACUGCCUUGGAUACAACUACGCUAUGAUGUCGAUGAAGACUAUGUUGGCCAACAUGCUGCGCCGCUACAGGAUAUUGCCGCCUUCCCACAUGGACGAACACGAGCUCCAGGAACCCUUGAAACUCUCAUACGACAUCAUGAUGAGGGACAUAGAUAACUAUGAAAUAAGGCUAGAGAGGAUAGAACAAAAAACCAGAUCAACAAGGGAAGGCCAAAUUUAA